AAUUAGAAUUUUCUUAGUAACUGUAGCUUUUGUGAGUGUUUCAAGAUUUCAUUUUUUUUUUUUGCUCAUUUUUGCUCGAACAUGACCUCAGUUUGACCUUAAUAACUCCUGACCUAAGGUGACCUAAGAUGAAAAAUUUUGUGUGUAGGUGUCAAAUUGAUGCCUGGGAAGGCACCGAAAAUUUGGUGGUGCUGCGCGCCGUCGUUUUCUUGCUAUUCAGGAAAAACCACAGGGGGGGGGGGGUCAUACUGGCCCUUCAAAUUGGGCGAGGGUUAACUCAUUCAGAAGCUUAACACCGUCUCAUUUUGCCCUAUGCAGCAGCCUGGAGCGCUGGCAAGGACCGGAUGUUCAGCAAAGGCUGACUACAAAAUGAUCCAUCGCUCUGACUGGGCGUCUGCUGUGCAUGGUUCCCGACGCUGUGUAAUGUGUAUUGUGUAAGGCUUGGACGGCCCGUUGUGCCCACCCCAAUCACCACGCGCCUCUGUGGCGUUGUUUUUCUUCCACCGACACGCCUCCCCGGGCGUGUCGAGUUCAAAGGGCGCGCGCUGCGGUCUGUAUAUAAGGCCAUGUUCCCACCGGUCGGCACUCUCAGUCGACACCAUGAAGCUGCUGCUGAUCGCCUGCGUGUGCGCCCUGGCCGCGGCCGAGCAGCCGCAGCAGACCGUUCCGACGGCCGCUCAGCUGACGGUCGGCCUGACGCACCUGUACCGGCGCUUCCUGCACGCCGUCGCCCCCCGGCAGCUCGAGCUGCAGGAUGCGCUCGACAUCCAGUGGCGCAACGGCAUGAUGGCCGGCCCGCCGUUCCGCUCCCCGGUCCAGGCUACCUUCGGCGGUGUUGAGGCGCCGACCUUCUCCUUCGUGAACAGCAUGAUCACCCCCGGCCAGAAGGGCUUCUUCGGCAAGUGGAGCAAGCACGACACCUCGGAUCUGCUCAUGACCUACAACCGCGGCAGCCUGACCAAGAUCCACAUGCUGACCGACGGCGGCAUCCACAAGGAGGUGGUGCUGGGCCACCCUCUGCACAAGCAAGGCGCCAAGUUUGCCGUCAUGAUCCCCAAGGGCACCUACUGCAUCUUCGAGUCGCUCUCUGAGGACGACGCCGCCUUCGUCACCUACGUCGCUAUCCCCGCCUGGAACCCGGCCAACUCGCACAACUACUCCCAGAAGGAGAUGGAGGCCAAGUUCCCCGACUUCAGCAACAUGUUCCACGAGCUCUCUAAGCCCGGCGUGCACGAGCACGAGCACGGCGACGAGGAUUACGAUCACGAGCACGACGAGCACGACCACGACGACCACGACGAGCACGACCACGGCCCCCAGCGCCGCCGCCUCCGCCGCUUCCGCGGCCGUGGCCGCCGCUUCGGCGGACGCCACUAAAUCCCUGCUGACGAGACUCUGAGGCAGCACGGUCAUCGACCGACGCAGGGCACUGGCGGACGGAACGAAGCCAUGCUCAAAGCAAGUCACUUUGAAGUUGUUUUACAAUAUGACGCGAUGUACAUCCCAUCAUCGUUCCUUGUGCAAUACAAUUAUAAUUGUUUGACCACGAA